AUGGAGGAGGGCGUGGAUAGCCCGCCCACCUCCAAAAAAAGACCACGACGGCCUGAUGAUCACCAGAACGGAUCUGGUCUUGGCGGCGGAGGUGAUGAUUGUGGUUUAUGCAUUUUAAACGAUGGUAGCUCUACAACAGUUAAUUAUCCUAGACAUAAUCCCUCAGCAAUAGAUGUAAGUUUUAUAAGUCCCCAGUUGGCUCCAUUCUGUGAAUGGUCAGUAUAUGAUGAUGCUAUGGGUAGUUAUCACUACCCAACUAUCACAAAUAUUACUAUAAACCCUGAAAGAUAUACAGUAAUAUAUGGUACAGAAAAAUUUUUGUAUAAUAAAACAGAUUGGAAUAAGUAUGCAGAAGUCUCUAAUAAUGUCUUUCAAGACAUGAUAGUUAGUAAAGAGAAUCCAGUUGCCUCUUAUGAGGAGUUUUGUAACAGACUUAAUAAGCUUAAACAAAUGUGUGUUCCUAAAUUUACUAAAACCAACUUUAGAGGCAGACCACCAGCGCCCUGGUGGAAUAGUACAUGUGAAGAGGCUGUUAUAAAAUCUUACAACGCACUUAAACUUUAUAGAAACGAUCCCACGGUAGAUAAUUAUAUAAAUUAUAAAAGACUAGACGCGCUAAAGAAACGCACUAUAAAGGAGCAAAAACGAAUUAGUUGGAAUAGUUACUGUAACAGCUUUAAUAGAACUACUCCCAUUAGUCAAAUUUGGAAUCUCAUUAAAAAGUUUAAGGGUGUCAGAACUGGUAAUAAGUCGUAUAGGGAUGAUUUUGUGCAACCAUUCUUAGACAAACUAUCUGAUAAUACAAAUUUAGUAAACUCCAAUUCAUUAAAUGAUUAUUUUAUAUCUAACAAUGAAAACCCUCAAUCAAGAUUUCUUUUAGAACCUUUUUCAUGGUCCGAAUUUAUAAUGAGUUUACAAUCCCGUAAAAAUACUAGUCCCGGUUUAGAUGACUUUCCCUAUUUAUUAAUAACAUAUUUACCUGAAUCCAUAAAAUUAAUAUUUUUAAAUGUACUUAACAGUCUCUGGCAUAAGAAAUUAAUUCCAACAUCAUGGAAGACUCAAUGUGUUAUUCCAAUUCUUAAACCAGAUAAAUCACCAGAAAAUGCAAGUUCUUAUCGUCCAAUCUCACUAUCAUCGUGUCUUGGUAAGAUAUUUGAAAACAUGUUGAAGACUCGCCUCGACUGGUAUGCGGAAUCAAAUACUAUCAUCCCUCACAUUCAAUAUGGAUUUCGUAAAGGAAGAAGCUGUGCAGACAGCUUUAUUUCUCUAACAAAUGAUCUGAAAAAUGCGAAAAAUAAUAAGAUACAUACAGUUUGCGUAUUUUUAGAUGUCCAAGGGGCCUUUGAUAGUGUAGAUCCUGGCAUACUGGUCAAGGUACUAAGUAAUGCUGGGAUACCAGGACAGUUGUGUAAAUGGAUCUAUGAUUUUCUAAGUAAUAGAGUUCUAUAUGUUAGGCAUAACAAUGUUCUACAUGGACCCAGAAUUGCCUCAAAAGGUACCAUGCAAGGUGCAACUUUGUCACCAUUGUUAUAUAACUUGUACACAUGUGAAAUAUGUAAAUAUGUAGAUACCAAAAAUGUAAAUAUACUUCAGUUUGCUGAUGAUUUAGUUUUAUACAGUUCGGAUUUAAACUUAACAUUAGCUGUAGAAAAAGUAAAUACUGGAUUAAGACAAUUGAAUAACUAUUACCAGCACAGACUAAACUUAAAAGUAAAUACUAUGAAAAGUAAUGUCAUGAUAUUUGGAAAAGACCUACCAAUGAUAAAUGUUACUUAUAAUGGUGAUGUUAUACAACAAGGCUUAGUUGGACUUGUGACUGGAGGGGCGUCAGGAUUGGGGAGGGCAACAGCUGAGCAUUUAGUCAGGCAAGGAGGCCGAGUUGUUAUUUGUGACUUGCCAUCAAGUCCUGGUGUUGCUCUUGCCAAACAAUUAGGAAAUGAUGCUGCGUUUGUACCUGUUGAUGUUACUUCAGAGGUAGAUGUCAAGAACGCACUACAGACAACUGUGGACAAAUUUGGAAGAUUAGAUGUUGCUGUCAACUGUGCUGGAAUUGCCACAGCUUCCAGAAUAUAUAACUUCAAAAAGGAACAGCCCUUUGAUUUGAAGUCAUUUCAAAAAACUAUUGAGGUGAAUUUAGUCGGCACAUUUAAUAUAAUCCGUUUUGUCGCUGGACUUAUUGGAAAGAAUGCACCAAAUGCGGAUGGUCAGAGAGGUGUCAUCAUAAACACUGCCAGCGUAGCUGCCUUUGAUGGUCAGAUUGGACAGGCAGCAUAUUCGGCCUCAAAGGCAGGUGUUGUAGGCAUGACUCUGCCGAUAGCCAGAGAUCUUGCUAAGCAGGGCAUUCGCGUUGUUACUAUAGCACCAGGUUUAUUCAGAACCCCCAUGAUGGAGCAACUACCAGAACCCGCUAUAAAGCAGCUGGAAGCAUCGGUGCCUUUCCCAUCUCGUCUGGGUCACCCAGAAGAAUAUGCAUUACUCGUACAGAGUAUUAUACAGAACCCAAUGCUUAACGGAGAAACAAUAAGACUAGACGGAUCCCUAAGGAUGCAGCCAUAA